AUGCAACCGUUUGGCAAUUUAUAUUAUGAUGAUGACGAAGACAAUGUAGAGUUCGAGAACCUGUUGAUUUAUCAGGAUCGCUCUUCGUUAGCGAAUUUAUUAUCGGGUACACCAUUUUCACGUUCAAAUCACCCACCAGCAUAUGGGAGGGUAAACAUGGUUUUACCGAAUGAAGAUGCUUUAUUAGAUGACGACGGUGAAAAUUUACAAACUCAGGACGCACAAUUUCUGCCUGACGAGCAAAUUGAUAAAUUUUCUGAACGGCAAUAUACUGACUCAUCAAGAACUAUGAUGCAUGAUAGUUCUUCGGCUGAAUCAUCUCAGAACAAAGAUUCACAAAUUUCCUCUUUAAAUAAACCACGUAACCCACAUGAACGUCUCUUUGUACAAGAUGUAAAUAUGGAAGAUUAUGAUGACGUAACAGAUUUUGAAUAUUUAAGGAGCUUAAUACGAGACAAUGAACAAAAAAUGGAAGACUACUCACCAUUUUCCGUAAGCAUUCUGCGAUCCGACGAUUACGAAAUAGGUCAGGAAGAUUAUAGUCCAACUGUAGGGGACGAAGAAAUUGAGGAUCCAUUCGCAAAUAUUUUACCGGACUUUUCGGAGAGGUUGGGUAAUUUUCUUAGGUUUGCUACCUCAGGGAAAGAAAAUACAGAAAAUAUAUGUCUUACUCGCCAAGAUGAUGAUAUCACUCCAUCACAAUUUCUUAAAUUUAUCCAUCUUAUUGUCGGACACGUAACAGCUAUCUCAGAAAGAGCUUUAUCAGUUAUAUCAGUGAAAGAAAAGUCCAAAGAAGACUAUAAUAUAUUAGGGGCAGAACAAUGGCUCGCCAAUGACGACAAACCGUCGAUGCAUGAGACAAGGACUUUUGGUCAUUGCCAAGGAGAGUAA